GAAGCAAGGGCGCUGUAACCCCUUCGCUAUCGCAGUGCGCACUACUUCCUGGGAGACAUUUAACUAAAGGCCCGUGUGGGCAACACCCCCAAACUAAUGCUGCAAGGGCCUAGAGCUAAUGUCUUCUCUUUAACCCAUGCAGGCCUGCAUCAGGGUGAGGCAGGGAGCUUCAGUAGCUUAGUUAUGCAGGGCUGUAGUCAGUACUUCAGCAUAACAUUUAUGAGUGGGGUUAAUAUUCUAAUAACUGCACAACCUACACAUUGUCAAUGGAAAACACGGAAAGGAAUUUAAUAACGUUAUUAUUGGAUGCUAAUCAAAGUGCCUGGUUUAUACGUUAGGUUAAUGUUUGUUGGGGGGAUAUAAUGCCCCAUGGCAACAGCUCUCAAGAUAUUCAGUCUUCAGGCCAGCCCCCAAAGAACAACUCAGGAAGUAAUGGAGAUGUGCAAAAGACACAGAAAGCUACUCCUCAAUCCCCUGCACCAACAUUUGCUCCAGCUGUCAGUUCCUCUGCACCCCAGUCACCUGGCUACCAAAUACAGCAGCUCAUAAUGAGUCGGAAUCCUGUGGCUGGUCAGAAUGUAAAUAUCACCCUACAAAAUGUGGGGCAGGUGGUGGCAGGAAAUCCUCAAAUAACUCUGACCCCACUUCCAAUAACUAGUCCAGCUUCACCAGGGUUCCAGUUCAGCUCCCAGUCAAGGAGAUUUGAGCAUGGGUCCCCAUCCUACAUCCAAGUUACUUCUCCAAUGUCACAACAGGUCCAGACGCAAAGCCCUACACAGCCAAUUCAAGCAUUGCAAGGUGUACGAACUGGAACUGCAGGGGCUAGCUUAGGUAUGUGUAGUCAGAGCCCAACCCAUGGAUUUGUGGAUGCCGGAUUGCUUGUAAGACAGAUAAGCCUUGGUCCUUCUAGCACAGGACAUUUUGUGUUUCAGGAAGGAUCUGGAAUAGCUCAGAUCACACAGGGAUCAGCACAAGUGAAUCUUCAGUCAGGAACUUCCACUAAAGUUCCAGCUCGAACUCUUCUACACUCCAAUCCACAGAGUGCUGGUUCUGUUCAUCCGUUUGGAACUCAGAGUCCUGUGGCAACUGGAACAAAUAUUCAAACUUUGACCUCUCCCAACCAUUUAACAACCACAAACUUACCCCAACAAAUUAGCAGUAUUAUCCAAGGACAACUUAUGCAGCAGCAAGUACUUCAUACCCAGCAGUUGGGCAGGGCCAUCUGCUUUGAUAGGACAUCUGGUGGAAUGAUAGCAGGUAUGACUGGAACUUCAGCUUUUGGGUUAUCAUCACCCACUUCAACAAAUUCUUCACAAUCCACUGGACAUCAGGUAUUUUCUAGUCUUCCUCUUACCACAACUAUAAAUACCACAAUGAAAAAAGUAAUUAAGAAGCUUGAGGAAAUUCCCCCUGCAACCCAAGAAGAUGCUCGGUUGAGAAAACAGUGCUUGGAACAUCACCACAAAACUAUGAAAUCCUUAAAAGAAAACUACAGAGAGUAUCUGGUUGAGCUGUUCUUCCUACAACACUUUCAGGGGAAUAUGAUGGACUACUUAGCUUUCAAAAAGAAACACACACUAGGGUUGCAGUCUUAUCUCCGUCAAAAUGAUUUGGACUUGGAAAUGGAUGAGGAAGAACGAGAAAAGCAGUCUUCUGAUGUAUUUCUUAAUCAGCCUAGGGAUGUUGCUCCAUGUUCUGCGACUGAGAACCCAGUUCCUAUGGAAACCCAGAGUUCCAGUAAUCAAAAUGCGACUUUGAUUGAUGCGUCAGUGAAGCAGGCUCUUGAAUCAACUCAACUGGAGAUUGGUUCUUCAAUUUCCAAGAUGCCAUUAGUUGUUCCUCAACUCCCAUUAACACCGAGCAGAGCAGGUUCUUUCUCUCCUGCAUUUGGGAUGCCUACCACUCAACAGACUGUGCCUUCCCCGGGUCAGAGACAAAAUGAGCCAGCUAAGGUUCAGGUGAACCAAAACACUGCCAGCUCACUGCCUGUUAAUAGAACCCAGGUUCCAAGAAUGCAGGUUUCCUCUGUCUUAAGUGCAGCACAGCUUGUAAAUCCGCAGCAAACCACUGAGGCAACAUCACAGACAAAGGGUAAAUUGCAGCCUCGUAAUAUCUUUGGCACACAAAUCCAGACCUCCCAGCAGCCUCAGGGGAAGCCACUUGAUCAGACUUCCUCACCAAAGCCUUCAUCAAUGCAUGCCAUGCAGGCUUCAGCAUCUAAGUUGGGCUCAGAUGCAGUUAAACACACAGGGUCAGUGUCAGUGAAUCCUUCGCCCCUUUCACCCGCCACUCCAGCCAGCAUUCUAGACUCCACACCUCCACCUGCUAAUGCCUCGCCAAAGCGGAUUUUGUCACCUGGUGCCAGCAAAACUCUGUCCCCCUCUACCUGUAGGUCACCUAGCUCUGGUGUAAGCCAAACUCAAGAUGUUCCGAUGCUCCCACAAGUUCCAGUGGAGCUGCCACAGGAUACCUCUGUACCUAAACCAAUAGAACAGGAGAACCACAUCCAUCAGCGAAUAGCAGAGCUGCGGAAAGAAGGUUUAUGGUCUUUGAAAAGGUUGCCUAAACUACAGGAGGCCUCUAGACCUAAGUCUCACUGGGACUACCUGCUAGAAGAGAUGCAGUGGAUGGCAGCAGACUUUGCUCAAGAAAGGAUGUGGAAACUUGCCAGUGCUAAGAAGUUGGUUAGAACGGCUGCCCGGUACUGUCUUGAGAAGCAGCAGAAUGAUGCCAGAGCCAAGAAAGAAGACGAAGAGCGUUUGAGACGUAUUGCAUGGUUAGCAGCCCGGGAAAUUCAGUGUUUUUGGUCCAAUAUUGAACAGGUAGUGGAGAUAAAAUUGCAGGUGGAGCUGCAGGAGAGGAAGAGGAGACUCUUUGUUGCACAAAAAGUAAAGAAGGGCCAAGAAACUGUCAAAUUAGAAACGGAAGUUAAAGGGGAACAAAAUACGGAUCCAAGAUUCUCAGGGCCAAAGAGAAAACUAGAGGCUUCAAAAGCAGAGAUUAAAGCCCCAAAUUCUGAAGUGGGUUCAGGUGGUGCUCAGCAGCCUGUGGUUUUGAUUGAUUCUUUGCUGAGUCUUGAAGGAGCAGGCACUGCCAACAUGGGGGCAAGGAAACAUUGUCGCGAUAUUGCAGAGGUGGCAGCUGCUGCAGAACUGUUGAUGCCCAGGGGGUGCUCUCGCAUAACUUCUGCAGGGAAAACCAGUCCUCCAGCUCUUCUCCACGGCACUCUUCGAGAAUACCAACAGAUUGGGCUAGACUGGAUGGCAAAGCAAUACAAGAAGAAUCUUAAUGGUAUUCUUGCUGAUGAGAGUGGUCUUGGGAAGAAUGUCCAGGUGAUUGCUCUCUUGGCACAUCUGGCCAGCAACGAAGGUGUGUGGGGUCCUCAUCUGAUCAUAGUGCGUAGCUGCAAGAUCCUAAAGUGGGAGUUGGAACUAAAACGAUGGUGUCCAGCUCUAAAGCUCCUACUAUAUUUUGGCAGUCAGAGAGAGCUGAGAAGAAAGAGACAGGAAUGGGCAGAGCCAAACAGCUUCCAUGUCUGCAUCACCUCAUACAAGCAGCUAUUUAAGGGCCGCCAAGCCUUCAUGAAGAUGAGAUGGAAGUAUCUGGUUUUAGAUGAAGUCCAUCAGAUUAGACACAUGAGAGAAAAGCAUUGGGAUGCAAUCUUCAAUCUUCCAAGCCAGCGUCGACUUCUUCUUCGAGACACUCCCUUACCCCACACAUGGAUGGAUCUGUGGGCAAUGGUGCACUUCCUCAUUCCAGGCUUAUCUAAGCCAUAUCUGGAUUUCCCACCUCAGGCCAGUAAUGACCAAGAGCAAGAAUACAGACAUACAAUUUCCAUACGAUUACACAGGUCAACACAGCCUUUCAUAUUGCGUCGGUCCAAGAGAGAUGUAGAAAAGCAGCUAAACAAGAAAUCUGAGCAUGUCUUAAAAUGUCAGUUGUCAAACCGACAGAGAACCCUCUAUGAGGAUGUUAUGAUGCAGCCAGGGACUCAGGAUGCUUUGAAGGGAGGGCAUUUUGUCAGUGUGCUUCAUGUUCUGAUGCAGCUACAACGGAUCUGUAACCACCCUGAGCUAGUGAAUCCUCGUCCUGCCUAUUUUUCCUAUGUGUGUGAGGCCCUCCAGUAUAUGACUGCUUCACUGGCAUUGAGAGCACUGGAAUAUGACCCUUGGAAGGAAGCAGACCUAUCCUUGUUUGACCUGCUUGGCAUUGAGAAUAAGAUGACACGAUAUGAAGCCCAAGUUCUUCCCAAACAGAAAGUGACCAGGAAGCUGAUUCAGGAGAUCUACGCCUCUUCUGAUCCAGCACCAAGACCAAACAAAGUGAAAAUCAAACCCAGCAAGUUGUUUGAGCCUGUUUUAUAUGGCCAAAAGCCUGAGGGGCGGACUAUAACCUUCCAAACCCCAUCUGCAACACGCCCAUCAACCACAACUACUACAACCACGGUUACUCAACAAGGGCAAGUCAAAAAGCCAUCAGUGACCACACCUACAGUGCUUCAGGGGACCAGAGCUCCCACCACCCAAAGUCAAACCUCUCAUGUCACACUGGCGGCCCCCAGGCCACAAGCUCCAGCGACUUUCACAACAGCAGCUCCCAUGAGACAGCUGACUCAGCCUCAUUCCCAAAAUCCUGCUCAAACUGUUCAGCAAAGUGUUAUGUCUCCGAGGCUGGUGCUCAGCUCUCAGGCCCGGCUGCCAAGUGGUGAGGUGGUAAAAAUAGCUCAGCUGGCUAGUGCAGGAGGAGCACAAGGUCGGAUAGCUCAGCCUGAAACCCCUGUCACUCUGCAGUUCCAAGGGAAUAAAUUCACCCUGUCCCAGAGCCAGCUGCGGCAGCUCACUACAGGCCAGCCACUUCAGCUGCAAGGUAAUGUUCUUCAGAUUGUCUCUGCCCCAGGACAGUACCUUCGCCAGCAGGGUUCUGUUGUCUUACCAACUGUGCCACAUGGUACACCAGCUAAUACCAUAAGAAACCAGCAGCUUGCUGGAUCCCUCCAUCCCGGUGCAGUGACGACACCUGCUUCUGUAAUUGGGAAGAGCGUGCAAGGUGUUUCUACCGUAUCUGACCCUGCAACUAAAUCUACUCCAACUGCUAUUAGUUCUUCACAGGCGUCCGUAGAAGAAAAGCAGCGUAUUAUCAGAGAGCGUCUGGACCGUCUCUUUUCCUGUAACGAGCGACGAUGUGGUCGGGUCCCUGUGUAUGGGGCAGAUUUGUUAUCUCUCUGCUCUUUGAGACCAACUGGGGUCACAAAUAUAAGCUCACACUCACAGUGGAGAUGGGCUGGAUCUGCAAACUGUUUCCUCUCUUCCUGCAAUCCUGUGGAUUCCAGCGACCUUCUGCGGCACCUCAUCCUGUCCACAGAUCAGCAGAAGGCUGCCCUGGGAACUCUCGCAAGGAGGGCUCUCUGUGUUGUUGCACCUGCGGUUGCGAGUCCUCCUGUACUGAUUGUGCCACAUUCUCCUCCUACUUACACUCAUGCUAUAAAGAUCCUGAGUCACGGUCUGAGAGAGCUUGUAUCGCCUUCCCUGCAGUGUCUUCGUGAGAGAACAUCCCCUUAUUGUGUGCAGUUUCCUGACCUACGGCUCAUCCAGUGUGAUUCAGGAAAGCUGGAGACUCUUGCAGUUCUUGUCAGGAAGCUGAGAUCUGAGGGACGUCGUGUUCUGAUCUUCUCACAGAUGCUGCUUAUGUUGGAUAUCUUGGAGCUUUUCCUGGAUUUCCACUCCUUGAAGUUCCUAAGAAUUGAUGAGAAUGCAAAUUAUGAACAGCGUCAGGACCUAAUGAAGAGCUUUAACAGAGAUCCUCAAAUAUUUUGUCUUCUUCUGUCUACUCAUAUCCAUUCUCUGGAUGUAUCUCAUGCAGAGGCAGAUACAGUGAUCUUUUAUGACAGUGAUUUAAAUCCUGUAAUAGAUGGGAAAACACAGUCAUGGUGUGACCAAAUUGGAAAAGCAAAGGAUAUACACAUAUAUAGAUUGGUGAGUGCCAGCUCCAUAGAAGAAAAGUUGUUGAAGAAUGGGACCAAGGAUCUGAUCAGAGAAGUCGCUGCACAAGGCAGUGACUAUUCUUUGGCAUUCCUAACACAGCAAACUAUCCAGGAGCUUUUUGAAGACUGUUCUGCCCUAGAAGACUCUGGUUUCAAGGUUAAAGCUGAAGAGUUUGUGAUGCUGUCUCAGGAGCCAUCCUCUUCCGACAUUAUCACACCCAAGGUUGCACGACCAUUUGUAGAGGCUUUGGAUAGAAUAGAGAGUGGAGAGGAAGACAUCAGUGCACAUAUGCAAGAUGAUAGACAAAAGCCUAAUUCUGAAAUUCUACCCUUGGAGGCUUGUGGACAGAUAACUGAUCAAGAGCCUUCCCAGUUACAGGAAUUGGCUGAUUUAAUGCAGCAGCUGACUCCUAUAGAGAAAUAUGCUCUGCACUAUCUGGAAUUCCAUAUUCAUAACAAUGGUGCCCUUUAUGGAGUAAAUAAGGAGCAACUUAACGCAGCUAAACAGGAAUGGGACAUGAAGCACCUGCGAGGGCUGAAAGAACUAGAGGACAGGAUGCAGUGGGAAACGCAAGAGGACGACGAUCUGUUGCUGACCUUCACAAGAGAAGAUGCAUAUAAAAUGGACUUCAUUUAUGAUGGACCAGAUGGACAUACAGAGAUCAUGCCUGUUUGGACUCCACCUACUCCCCCUCAAGAUGAAAAUGAUAUUUAUAUUGACUCUGUGAUGUGUUUAAUGUAUGAUGCAAAUCCGAUCCCAGAGUCUAAACUGCCCCUUGUUUAUGUGAGGAAGGAACGCAAAAGACACAAAACAGAUCCAGCUGCUGCAGGCCGGAAGAAGAAGCAGCGCCAUGGAGAGUCAGUGGUCCCUCCUCGCUCACUCUUUGAUAGACAGGCUCCAAACCCAAUAAAAGUGCGUAAAGAGGGCAAAGAACAGAAGAAGAACAUUCUCCUGAAACAUCAAACUCAGUUUGCCAAACCCCUGCCAACUCUGAUCAAACCAGUCAUGGAGACCGGUCCAGAAAACCCAGAGUGGUUGAUCAGUGAAGACUGGGCUCUGCUGCAGGCUGUAAAACAACUCCUUGAGCUUCCACUCAACCUUGCAAUCGUAUCCCCAGCUCACACUCCCAACUGGGAUCUUGUGAGUGACGUUGUGAACUCAUGCAGCCGUAUUUACAGGUCAUCCAAACAGUGCCGCAGUCGGUAUGAAAAUGUUAUCAUUCCAAGAGAGGAAGGAAAGUUGCUUUAUGAUGUCAGCCCAAAGAAGAAGACUGAAAGUCUGUUUAAGAAUAAGCCUCUCAGGACCAGCCAAAUCUAUGCUCAAGAUGAGGGAAUGUCACACAUCCAGCUCUUUACCGCUCGCUUUGAACUGAUGAAAAUGACUGCUGGGAAACGAAGCCCACCCAGCAAACCUCUGCUGGGAAUGAACCCCUUCCAGAAGAACCCCAAACAUGCUUCAGUUCUGUCAGAAAGUGGUAUUAAUUACGACAAACCACUGCCCCCAAUUCAAGUGGCCUUGUUGCGUGCAGAUCGCAUAGCUAAAGAGAAGAAGGCUUUGGUGGAACAGGCUAGGGCUCAGCAGCAGUCUAGCCCCUUAACACAGCAGCCCCAACAGAACGGUCAGCAGCCCACACCAUUAGCAACAGUGCAACCAGCACAGGCUCAACCCCAGACUCCGGGAGCUUCACAACCACAAGUGGUGGUUCAGCAGCAAGUCACCAAGGGACCUGCUACUGGCACAGCUUCCAUCUCCAGCCCAACACUGUUGACUGGCACCAUAAAGACAGCAGUUCCAGGAACUAGUAUAACUACAGCUACUGUAAGUGGAAAUGUCAUUGUGAAUACUGUAGCUGGAGUCUCACCUGCCACUUUCCAGCCAAUUAACAAACGAUUGGUAUCCCCAGUGGUUACUGGUACAUUGUCGGCCCCAGGAGCAGCAGCUGGUCAAAUUGUCCAGCAGAGAACAGCAACCACACCCACUGCUCCUUCUGAAAUGGUCACUAUUGCGACCAGCCAAGGAGUCAGAACAGUAACACCUGUCACUGGAGGAACGGUUGUUUCUACCAACCUAACACCAGUACAGACUCAAACCAGGGCCAUAGUGACCCAGGUGACAACAGCUACAACUGCUGGAGUACAGCUAGCCAGUAAGACCAUCACACAAGCCCAGUUCCAGCUACUCAGGCAGCAGCAAGCAGCUCAGGUGCAAGUUCCUCAGAUACAGGCACAGUCACAAGGGCAAAUAAAGGCUGUUGCAAAGAUCUCACAGGAACAACUGCUGAAAUUACAAAAACAAAAGCUUCAGCUUUCCCAGCAGGUGGCCCAGGCUAGUACCCUGGCUGGCACCACUACUCAAGUGCAAGUCCAGCCACAGCAAACCCAGCAGCUUGCGACUGUCACAGCUUCCCGUGCUGGGACUGUCCUUACUGGCGCUACAGUGACAAAUCUACAGGUGGCUCGACUGCUACAAGCUCAGGGGCAGAUCCAAGCUCAGCAAGGGCAAACAGCGCAGGUUACUCUUACAAAGCCUCCGGUGGUGUCGGCAGUUGUAUCUGGAGGUGUCACCACUUUGCCUGUUACAGUGGCAGGUAUCAGUGUCUCCAUCAAUCAGCCCCAAAAAGUAGCAGGAGGGCAUACUGUUAUGGCCCAACCGUUGCAUGUCCAGCCACUGCUGAAACUGAAACAGCAUCACACUCCUCAGCAGCAGCAACAGCAGCAGCAGAAAGCUCUCCAGGCCACUCUAGGACAGCAGAAGCCUUACUUUUCCCUCCAGAUAACACCUCAAGUAUCCACAGCCUCACAACAGCAAAAAGUCACCUAUACUACACAGCCUGCAAUUAAAACUCAGUUUUUAACCACCAACUUGGGUCAGGCCCAGAAGGCACCUGGAGCUCAGCAAGUACAGGCACAGAUACAGGUUGCAAAACUUCCACAAGUUGUCCAGCAACAGGCUGCAAUUGCAACAAUCCAGCAGGUUGUUUCAGCAUCACAGCAGGUUCAGCCACAGACUGUGACUUUGACCCAGGCAACAGCUACAGGUCAGCAUCAGGUCCAGAUGAUAUCGGCUAAUUCUGCAGCAGCACAAGUGGUCCAACAGAAAUUCCUCCAGCAGCAACAGAUGGUAGCAGCUUCACAGCAAAUUCAGACCCCUACUUCUCAAAGUACAGCCCCGCCACUGGGUACUACAGAGGCACAGAAUCAGCAGGCAAAGCUGCAAGUCAGGCCCCAAACUGUUAGAAUCAAGGUUCCCACUAAACCCAGCUGAGAGAACCAUUUUUACAGGUCAACUGUAGAGGAAAAGCCAUGUUACUUUCUUACAAUGCCUUCCUUUGGUUUAACAAUCUCUUCAGUACCGGAGGGACUGUUUGAAUGUGCUAUAAGACCCUUCUCAUUGCAAUGAUUAAGGAAAGACCAUGCAACAUUAAUUUACUUCAGGGAAAUUCUUAUUUCGCCACUAUCGCCUUGAGAGCUUUACGCACAUGGAUAUCAAACAAAUGAUGACUACAUAUUGCAUUGGCAAUACAUUUUAUGUGAAAUCAUGAGUGAAGGAGCCAGCACAAUCCCAUAAACAGCGCUCCAGAAUUCCUAAGUGGAAAUGUUAGUUUUAAAGACGGUAAUCAGAUACUGGAAUUUUCUGCAAUUCGUUCUUGUACCUCUUGUAGUUUUGGAAUGUUGCAGGCUUGAGAAUUCACCUCUGUUAAUUCACUCUGUCAAAGCAGGGUGAGCGUUAAUGGUAAAAAUGUAUACACUCGUUUUCCUUACACAUGUACUCUUUGUAAAAACAAAGUUUACUGUAUUCAUACAGUAGCACAAAUCUAUUUUAUUAUCAUUUUUAUGUGAAGGAAUUUGAGAAGUUCUGCUACAUAUAUGUAUGGAUGGUGCCUAUAUAUGUAUUAAUAUCUGCAAACAGAUUGCAUUUCCAUCCUUUAAUUACCUGGGAAGAAAAAGCCAUAACUGGAAUAACAGGUUUUCACAUCUGUGGCCUUUGUGGGUGUAUAUGCCAAUGACAACAUUAUAACUAUAUGCCACCCGUAGCACAGUUCUGCGUUUCACAAGGGCAAUGACAGGAAAAAAACUGCUUUGGAAUCAGGUCAAAAAAUAAUACAGAGUAAACCUUGGACAGCUUUGUUAUUUUUAUACAAACAUGGACACUUUCUAGUGAAAUCAUUAUAUUAAAAGAUAAAUUAACUUUAUUAGGAAUUCUAAAGUUGAUUUGUAUGACAUUCUGCUGCUUGAAAGGGGAAACCAUUCAUUGCUUUUGAGUAUUAACAUUCAGGACCAUAUUUAAAACAUAUUUCUUAGCAAUUCACUGCUUAAAAUGCAUUGUACAUUUCAGUGUAGAGUUCUUUGAUUUGUUUGUGAGUAUUGUAAUAUACAUGCGUUUGCUGAGAUUCUCAGUUGUAAAAUACAUUUCUCAUUUGUAUAGAU